CAAAUUCCAUGUUCAAUAAUAUUAUAUAAGGGCUAACUUUACACAUCUCCACCUCACUAACAAGAAAGGGAGAGAGAAUUAGAGAUGGAAAAGAGCAGAGUGCUUAUUGUUGGGGGAACUGGCUACAUAGGAAAAAGGUUGGUGAAGGCAAGUUUAGCUCAAGGACAUGAAACAUUUGUUCUUCACAGGCCUGAGAUUGGUGUUGAUAUUGAGAAAGUUCAGCUUCUAUUGUCAUUCAAGGAGCAAGGAGCUAGGCUUGUUUCAGGUUCAUUUAACGACCAUAAGAGCCUAGUGAAUGCUGUGAAACUUGUUGAUGUUGUCAUUUGUGCCAUUUCUGGUGUUCACAUCCGCAGCCACCAAAUUCUACUCCAACUUAAACUUGUUGAUGCAAUAAAAGAAGCUGGAAACAUCAAGAGAUUUUUGCCCUCGGAGUUUGGUACUGAUCCGGCAAGAAUGGCGCAUGCAUUGGAACCUGGAAGAGUAACAUUUGACGACAAAAUGGUAGUGAGGAAAGCCAUUCAAGAGGCUCACAUACCAUUCACCUAUAUUUCUGCUAAUUGCUUUGCUGGUUACUUUCUUGGUGGGUUGUGUCAGCCUGGCUUUAUAAUCCCCCCUAUGGAUUCUGUGAUCUUAUUUGGAGAUGGAAACGUAAAGGCUAUCUAUGUGGAUGAAGAUGAUAUAGCUAUGUACACUAUCAAAACCAUAGAUGACCCCAGAACACGGAACAAGACAGUUUACAUAAGGCCACCUGAAAACAUAUUAUCCCAGAGAGAGGUUGUGCAAAUUUGGGAGAAACUGAUUGGUAAAGAGUUGCACAAAUCUUCAAUUUCAGCACAACAGUUUCUGAGUUCCAUGGAAGGACAACCAUAUGAGCAGCAAGUGGGAAUGGGACAUUAUUAUCAUGUUUGCUUUGAAGGCUGCCUCACAAAUUUUGAGAUAGGAGAAGAAGGGGUUGAAGCUUGUGGAUUGUACCCUCAAAUAAAGUACACUACCGUUCAAGACUUCAUGAAACGCUACGUAUAAAGGCUGUUAUUUGCUUAUUGUAUCACAUCCCAUCAAAGAUUGGGUUAAACAAAAUAAUAAAUGCGUAUAUGUAACUGCAAAUUAAAUAAGAACAAAUUAAUAACAUACUAUAUUUUCAACUAUAGCAAAUGCAAUGCAAAAA